AUGCUGAGGCAAGGUCUCCGCCGCUGCGUCCAGCUGCGCGGCGCGUCCAUCGCGUCUUCUUUGGCCACCCGCCAGCAACCUUCACUCCUUCAGUCCAUCGAGCGCACCUCGAGGAUAUCACUACUCCGGACCACCAUACAUCUCAACUCCCCCAUCGCCCGAUGGUACUCCGCUGAGGCCGAGGCUGCGGCUGAGCCUGAACAGUCCCCCGACGCCAACGACAAGCCCACCCGCUUCGAUGACCUCCCGUCUCUCGGCGUCCACCCCAAUCUCGUCAAGAACAUUACCCACGGUAUGGGCUACGAGAGCAUGUCUGACGUGCAGACCCAGACCAUCACCCCGGCGUUGAAGGGCACCGAUCUCGUUGCGCAAGCGAGAACUGGUACCGGCAAGACGCUCGGCUUCCUCAUCCCCGUCUUGCAGAGGAUGCUGCAAGAAGAUCCCUCCCUCGCCACCCGCAGCGCACGAUACGAUGCCCGUUCUGACGAUAUCCGUGGCAUUGUUCUCUCCCCGACGCGCGAGCUUGCCGAGCAGAUUGCCGUCGAGGCCGAAAAGCUGACGCGGGGCACCGGCCUCGUCGUGCAAAGGGCUGUUGGUGGCACGCAAAAGUCCGAGAUGCUGCGGAGGUGCAAGCGCGAGGGGUGCCAUCUCCUCGUCGCCACCCCCGGCCGCCUGAACGACCUUCUCGAGGAUCCCCGCAGCGGUAUUGCCGCCCCGAACCUGGCCGCCAUUGUCCUCGACGAGGCCGACCGCAUGCUCGAUGUCGGUUUCAAGACGGAGCUGCAGGAAAUUGUCGACAAGCUCCCCGACGUCCGCGACAAGCCCCGCCAGACCCUGCUCUUCUCUGCCACCAUCCCCAAGGACGUCGUCCAGCUCGCUCGUGAGUGGGUGCGCCCUGACAACUUUGACUUCAUCCAAACUGUGAGCCAGGGUGAGGCCCUGACCCACGAGCGCGUCAAGCAACACCUCGUUCCUUGCCGCGGCUGGGGCAACGUCUUCCCUGCCUUGUUCGAGGUCAUUGAGAAGGAGUCUGCGAACCGCCGCGCCAACCCCGAUCUCCCCCCCUUCAAGGCCAUGGUCUUCUUGCCCUCUACCGCCAUGGUUGAUCUCGCCGCCGAUGCCUUCAACGCUGGAUUCCGCCAGUCGACUGGCCUCUUCAACCUCCGCAUCCACUCCAAGCUCACCCAGCAGGGCCGCACCAGGGCAGCCGACCGUUUCCGUGAGCUCAGCUCUGGUAUCUUGUUCUCUUCUGAUGUCACCGCACGUGGCAUGGACUUUCCCAACGUCACCCACGUCAUCCAGGCUGGUCCCCCCAGCGACCGCGAGCACUACAUCCACCGCAUCGGUCGUACCGCCCGUCAGGGCAAGGAGGGCGAGGGCUGGUUGAUCAUCAGCCAGACCGACAUCGGGACCGCCCGCCACGAGCUCGGCGGUUUGCCUAUCGAGCCCAACCGCACCAUUGUCUCCGCCGAGGUCGAUCUCACCGCUGCCACGGAGGACCAGGACCGCACCCCCGUCUUCGACACCACCAUGGACGCCCUGAAGCGUGUCCCUCGCAGCAGCCUCGCCGCGACCUACAUGUCUCUCUUCGCCCGCGUCACCCGCCAGAACGUGCGUGACCGUGUUGAGGAGCUCAAGGAGUGGUUCGUCAACGGUAUUGGUCUGGAGAACACCCCUGCCAUGUCGCCCAAGACGGCCGACAAGCUCGGUCUCCGCAGGGUUGAGGGCCUCAACAUUGGCUACGACGACGACUUUGUCAACGACGGCAGCUCUGCUCGCGAUUCCCGUGGUGGCGGUCGCGGCUUUGGCGGUCGCGACAGUGGUCGCGACGGCGGUCGCGGAGGCUUCGGCGGCCGUGAUGGUGGCCGUGACGGUGGUCGCAACUCCAGCGACCCCUUCUCCAACAUGCUGGAGAGCAGCGAGGGUGACAGGCGCGGCAGCCGCAGUGGCGGCUUCGGCGGCCGUAGCGGCGGCGGCUUCGGUGGUCGCGGCGGCGGCGGCAGUUUCGGUGGACGUGGCCGUGGCGGCGACCGUAGCGGCGGUCGCGGCGGUGACCGUGGAGGCUACGGCGGCGGCCGUGAGCGUGCCUCGUUCUAA